AUGGGGGCUAUUGGAGGUGAAGAGUUGGUGAAGUGGGAGAAAAUGCAGGGGUUGUCCAGGGGAAGCGAUGAGAAAAUUUUGGUAUUAGUGAGGUUGAGACCCUUGAGUGAUAAGGAGAUACUAAGGAGUGAAGUUUCAGACUGGGAAUGCAUUAAUGAAACCACCAUUUUGUACCGGAAUAGCCUCCAAGAACGAUCUGGGCUACCAAGUGCUUAUUCAUUUGACAGAGUAUUUAGAGGAGAUUGUCCAACAAGGAAUGUCUAUGAUCAAGGAGUAAAGGAAAUUGCUCUUUCAGUUGUCAGCGGUAUCAACUCAACCAUCUUUGCAUAUGGACAAACGAGCAGUGGAAAGACGUACACGAUGAAUGGGGUUACUGAGUAUACGGUGGCAGACAUAUAUGAUUACAUACAAAAGCAUGAAGAGAGAGCAUUCGUUCUGAAGUUUGCUGCGAUGGAGAUUUACAAUGAAGUUGUAAGAGACCUCCUUAGCGCAGAUACUAGUCCACUCAGGCUUCUUGAUGAUCCAGAGAGAGGGACUGUUAUUGAGAGACUGACCGAAGAAACUCUGCGAGACUGGAAUCAUCUGAAGGAGCUACUUUCUAUCUGUGAAGCUCAGAGACAAAUUGGUGAGACGUCUUUGAAUGAGACCAGCUCUAGGUCUCAUCAGAUUCUCCGACUGACCAUUGAAAGUUCAGCUCGUGAGUUUAUAGGGAAGGACAAUUCAACUGCUCUUGCUGCCAGUGUGAAUUUUGUUGACUUGGCUGGAAGUGAGCGAGCAUCUCAGGCAUUAUCAGUUGGUCAAAGGCUGAAAGAAGGUUGCCACAUAAAUCGAAGUUUGCUGACCCUGGGAACUGUGAUUCGCAAGCUAAGCAAGGGAAGACAAGGACACGUGAAUUAUCGAGAUUCUAAGCUGACACGGAUACUGCAACCGUCUUUGGGUGGCAAUGCGAGAACCGCAAUCAUUUGCACUCUGAGCCCUGCCCGAAGCCAUGUUGAGCAAUCUAGAAAUACUCUUUUGUUUGCUACCUGUGCAAAGGAAGUGAGCACAAACGCACAAGUCAAUGUUGUCAUGUCUGACAAGGCCUUGGUGAAGCAUUUGCAAAAAGAAGUAGCUAGACUGGAGAGUGAACUUAGAACUCCAGCAUCGUUUAACGAUCAUACAGCAAUAUUAAGAAAGAAGGAUUUACAGAUUGAAAAGCUGGAGAAGGAGGUCAGGGAACUUACAAAGAAACUGAAUCUAGCUGAAUCAAGAAUUGAGGAUUUACUGCGGUUGGCAGGAAAUGGUCAAGAUUCCAGAGGAUGGGAUAUGCAAGAAAAGGAAGGAUGCGAAGAUGAAUGUUCAGUAUCAGAGUCGUCAAGUGAAAUAGAUCCCCAAUUAGUUGCUGGUGGAGUAAAGCAAACCAAAACAACUCAGUAUUCUCAAAGUGGAAGAGAAGAGGUCUCAUCCGAUGAUGAAUCUACAUCGAUGUCUAGUGGAAGCAGAUACAAUGUCCCCAAGGUCAAUCCUGAACUGGAAGAUACUGGUAGGAGCUGCAAGGAAGUUCGAUGUCCUGAGACAGUCAAGAAUGGUGAGAGAAGUCAUGAAAUACUAUCGAAUAAUCAGAGGGAUGGCCGGAAUGGGUUGUUGAGUGUUCAUUGGACCCAAGAAGGUGAAGAGCUAUCACCUGCCAAUCCUAGAACUGCAAGAGGCAUUGAAAAUGGUUUCACAUUUGUGCAACUGGAGGAAAAUAUUCAACGGGUGCAGAAAACGAUUGAUUCUCUUGUUUCUGACACUGAUGAACAACCACUUUGGGACCCGCCUGUUAAGAUAUCUAGUUCUAGAAACAUAAGGUUCAUCAGAAGCAGAAGCUGUAGAGCUGAUUUACUACAUGGGUCAUCUUCCCCCGAUUUUGAGAAGGAAGAAAUAGAUGGUGAAACCACGCCACCUGAUGGACAGGAGAAGAACUUCCCGGGAAGACCGGAAAGAGGCAGAAAGCACUGGAAUAUUCCACCAUUUACAUUUGGAGCAAAAGCUGCGAAAUUAUCAAGAAAUGAUUCACUGUCGUCCGAUGGCAGCGCUCUUGUAGAUGAACUAAAAUCUCAAAGCAGCAGCCAUCUGGGAGACGAGGAUAUCCCAAGUGUUCAUACUUUUGUUGCUGGGCUGAAAGAAAUGGCCAAGCAGCAGUAUGACAAUAAGAUCGACGAUCAGAUUGCAAGGGCCAAUUCAAUGGCUGGCAAAAGUCCAGGCAGAAUUCUUAAAGACAUUGGGGUGGACCCAGUGAUGGAAUCUUCUGGGGAUCCUGCAAACUGGCCAAUGGAGUUUGAAAGGUUACGAGGACUGAUAAUAGGUCAUUGGCAAACUUGCAAUGUUUCUUUGGUCCAUAGGACAUAUUUCUUCUUGCUUUUUGGUGGCGAACCCAGUGAUUCUAUCUAUAUGGAAGUAGAGCUCAGAAGACUCGUCUUCCUAGAGGAAACUUUUUCAAAAGGAAAUCCGGUACAGCAAGAUGGUCGGAGACUAACGCUAGCUUCAAGCGUGAAGGCCCUCGUGCGAGAGAGGCAGAUGUUAAGCAGACUUAUCAACAAAAGGUUAACAAGUGACGAAAGAAAUGGAACUUAUGAGAAAUGGGGGAUAAGUUUGAACUCAAAACAUCGGAGAUUGCAGCUGGUUCAACGUUUGUGGAGCAAACCAGAUGACAUGGAUCACGUCUCAGAGAGCGCUGCCCUAGUCGCAAAGCUGAUCAGGUUCUCCCAGCAAGGCCGAGCUAUCAAGGAAAUGUUUGGGCUUAGCUUCACUCCACCACGAAUAGGUCGAAGAUCAUCCUUUGGCUGGAAGAGUUCCGCGCCCUCCCUUUAG